CCGCGUUCCGUAAGAUGGACGACGACGUACACAUCGUCUCUCCGCCGCGGCGCGCUUCAAGGAGGCGGUUUUUUAUCGAAGAUGACCUCCUACUCCUCAGUGCGGUUCAGGACAUCAUUCCCUUUGCUGACCGGGCGCGCUGGGCAGCGGUUACAAGAAAACUAAAUGAAGCAGCCGACAACACGUUUACCGUCCGCGCCGUCCAGGAUCGAUGCGAUCUCUUGAUAGCCCAGUUCCGUAGUCAAGACCGCACGAAUCUGCGCAAGUCGGGGACCGAGGAGCAGUACGCGAAAAAAGAGAAGUUGCUCCAGGACAUCUCCGACUUGGCCAGAGCAUUCGGACGCCUACCGAAAUUGCUGCCAAGGCGGGCCGCCACAUGUCCUACGGGCACCACGGGUACAGAGGCGACGCCGGCCGCCAGUCCGGGGUUGAGUGCGGCUGCGCAAGUGCGCGCGGUACACGCGAUGAGAGACGCUGCCACCUCUGCUGCACACGAAAAACAUGUUGCAGCAGCAGCUGAUCACCUGGUGGACGAAAAUGGGCGGCCACCGGGAUCCAGGGACCGCCCGGACUUUGUGCGCACCGUGUUCAACGACGCAAGGGCUCCUGGCGAGUCUGCAGUGCAGUCGCAAGACCCCUUCCUGGAGUGGCACAAAGGCAUCAAGGCAACACAACGCCUCAUCUCAACGCGCUAUGUGUGGCCGAAG